AUGGACUUGUUAAGUUUGCAGAUUGCAUUAGGCGGUAAAACACACUUUAGUUGUGAUGCUUCUCUCUUGAUUGACCCAACGCCCGAAAGACAAUCAGAGAAAAGUGCGGUACCAAAUGCAAGCGUGAGAGGUUACGAGAUCAUUGAUGAGGCUAAGAAGCUGCUCGAGGCUGCAUGCCCCCGAACUGUUUCAUGCGCUGACAUUGUAACUCUCACCACUAGAGACUCCGUGGCAUUAGCUGGUGGUCCAAGAUUUUUUGUACCAACAGGAAGACGUGAUGGAUUAUUGUCAAACCCCGAUGAUGUAGAGUUGCCCGGACCAGCAUUUCCGGUAGCCAAUUCCAUCGAAUUAUUUGCAGCUCAUGGUUUGAAUACGGAAGACAUGGUUACACUUAUUGCUGGUGGCCACAGUGUUGGUGUCACGCAUUGUAGCUUCAUCCGAAAUAGAAUCAAUGACCCUGCAAUGAACAGAACAUUGAGUGCUAGGUUGAGGGACAUAUGUCGUGCUCCAAAUGACCCAUCAGUGUUCUUGGACCAAGGGACUCCAUUUACAGUGGAUAACGUGAUCUUCAGAGAGAUUGAAGCGCAAAGAGGAAUCCUAAAAAUUGAUCAAAACAUGGGUCUCGACAAUUCAACCCGUGAAACUGUGUCAAUGUUUGCCUUAAACAAUAAACUCUUUAGACGGAGAUUUGCCAAAGCAAUGAAGAAGAUGGGUACCAUAAGAGUUCUUACCGGACGACGUCUUGGAGAGAUCAGACAAAACUGCAGAGUCUUCAACUAA